AAUGACAAUGAAAAGCACCCUCAUUCUGGGUUUGCUCUUUGCUGGAUGUUUUUUAGCCAUAAAUGGUCUUCAGCAGCAGAAGCCCCCUGAUAAAAAUCAUCAAGGUACACACCAGGCCAGACACCCACUCCAGGAGUCAGAGGAGAGACGAGCUGGAAAACAAAUUGUUGGCCGAAACACUGAGUUUGCAUGUAAGAUGUACCAAGAGAUAACCCAGAAAAGUAAAGAUGAAAACCUCUUCUUCUCCCCUUUGAGUGCUUCCACUGGUUUCUCCAUGUUGACCCUGGGGGCAAAAGAUUACACUCUGUCUCAACUAAGUGAAAGUCUCAACCUAAGGAAUGUGCCCACGAAGAGUAUCUAUGAAGGCUUCCAUUACAUCAUUCACAGUCUUAAUAAACCUGACAGAGAUCUCAAGCUCCACUUGGGCAAUACUCUAUUCAUCGAGGACCAGCUGACAGUCCAGAAAAGGUUUCUGAAUGAUGUCAAGAGUAUUUAUGAAACAGAAGCCAUCCCUGUGGAUCUCAAGGACCCUCAGAAAGCCAUUACACAAAUCAAUGAUUAUGUCAGUCAGAAAACCCAUGGGAAAAUUAACCAUUUGAUAAAGAAUCUGGAUCAGGGCAUGAUGUUACUUCUGAUUGGCCAUAUUUACUUUCAAGCUGAAUGGGAAAAGAAGUUUAACCCAAAGGACACAAAAGAAGAUGACUUCUUUCUGAUCAAUGGGAAAUCAGUGAAAGUCCCCAUGAUGUACCGAGGUGGCAAGUACAAAACUGCUUAUGACGACCAGCUCUGCUGUACAAUUCUAGAAAUACCUUUUACAGGAAACAUGACAGGGCUUUUCAUACUCCCAGACAAGGGGAAACUGAAGAGAGUGGAAGAAGGGCUCAAUAAGAACAAGCUGACCCAAUGGAGGCAAUCACUGAAGUGCAGUCCUGUUGAUGUGUCUAUGCCCAAGUUUACCAUCUCUGGUACCUAUGACAUGAAAAAGUGUCUCUCUGGGCUUGGUGUCACCCGAAUCUUUGAUGGAAGUGCUGAGCUUACCAAAAUCAGUCCCCAGAAGACUCUGAAAGUUAGCCAGGCUAUUCAUAGAGCUGUGUUGAAGAUGGAUGAAAAAGGAGCAGAAGCUGCUGGAGGAACUGGCAUUGAGACCCUGCCAAUGACCAUUCCCCAAGUCCUAAAAUUCAACCAACCCUUUGUCAUGAUGGUUAUAGAUAACAUCACCCAGUCUCUUCUCUUCAUGGGGAAAAUAAUGAACCCAAAAUGAAAUUCAAAU